CCAUCUUCCAUGCUGCCCGUUGGAGCACAGCCACUACAGUAGCAGCUGGCAGCAGCCAGAGUGCUUCGAUCACUUUGCAGCGCGCAACACACUGCUGCCUGGCUUCGAGCUAGCUAGAUGGCCGCGGCAGCAGCGGCGACCACCGCCACCACCAGGACUGCACCUCGUCCCAUGGUGGCCGUAGCAGUGCUAAUAGUCGUCCUGUGUGCUACAUCAGUUGCCGGGCAGGGGCAGCUCCAGCUCCAGGUCGGCUACUACAACAAGACGUGCCCGGCGGCGGAGCAGAUCGUGCGCAACGAGACGACGGCCGCCAUCCAGGCCUCGCCGGACCUCGCCGCCGCGCUCCUCAGGCUGCACUACCACGACUGCUUCGUCCAGGGGUGCGACGCGUCCGUGCUGCUGGACUCGACGCCCAACAACACGGCGGAGAAGGAUUCGCUGCCCAACGGCAGCCUCCGCGGCUUCGACGUCGUGGCGCGGGUCAAGGACCAGCUGGAGACGGCGUGCCCGGGCACCGUCUCCUGCGCGGACAUCCUGGCGCUCAUGGCGCGCGACGCCGUCUCGCUGGCCAAGGGCCCUACCUGGCCCGUCGCGCUGGGCCGCCGCGACGGCCGCACCUCCAGCGCCGCCAGCUGCGGGGAGCUCCCGCCGCUGCACGGCGACAUCGGGCUCAUGGUGCAGGCGUUCGCCGCCAAGGGCCUCGACGUCAAGGACCUCGCCGUGCUGUCGGGGGCGCACACGCUGGGGAAGGCGCACUGCUCGUCCUACGCCGACCGCCUCUACGCCUCCGCCAGCUGCGCCACGCCCGACCCGGCACUCGACGCGCGCUACGCCGCCAGGCUGCGGAUGCGCUGCCCCAGCGCUGGCGACGGCAACAACGCUACGGCGGCGUCGGAGCUCGACCCCGGCAGCUGCACCACCUUCGACACCAGCUACUACCGCCACGUCGCGCGGAGGCGCGGCCUGCUCCGCUCCGACGCCUCGCUGCUGGACCACCGCUUCACCAGGGCCUACGUGCUGCAGGUCGCCUCCGGCAGGAUCGACGGCCACUACUUCCACGAUUUCACCGUCUCCAUGGCCAAGAUGGCGGCCAUCGGUGUGCUCACCGGCGACCAGGGCGAGAUCAGGAGAAAGUGCAACGUCGUCAACUGAACAUCAAUCUAUUCUUUUCCUAGUAAUCCAUAAUCCUCUAGCUCUUCUGUUUAUUACUAUCCUAGUAGUAAUAGUAGCCGCCUAUAGCUAUAUCGAUGAUAUGAUCCCUGCCUGUCAUGAUGAACUAGCAAUUGCAUUAUUGUUUGUAUUUUACUGAUCGAUGAUAUGAUGAACUAGCUAGCUAGGAGAUAUAUACACAUUUUAUUUUGUUUCUCUUUUGGGUACUAUUAGUAUCGAUCGUCUCUCAUGGGAGCUAGCCAGUUUUCACAUAGUUGCUAUUCGAUCAAUUUUGUUUGAUGCGUUA